AUGGCAGACGCGGCGCAGAGCGCGCCUGUCCCAGCCGUCGUCCUUCCCAUCCAAAAGAUCCCGCUCGAGGUCCUGCUGCGCAUCAGCUAUCAUCUUACCACCCCGGAGCUGGGAAGCCUUCGUCUAACAUGCCGCUCCAUCGAAAAGUCCCUCCACACGACUUUUGUCAAGGAGUUCUUCACCCAGAAGCAGUUCAUGAUGACCCAGGACAGCCUGCAGGCCUUUAUAGACGUGUCGAGGAGCCGUCUGGGCAGCCACCUGCGCUACGUUCACAUUGGCCUGGACCGGUUCCCCGAGGGCGUCCAGCGUCCCCUGUCCGACGACGAAAAGGAGCGGAAAUACAGGGAGCGCUACGCCAACAACUUCAUGCUGUGGAAUACCGGCCACCACCGCGACAUGCUGGCCGAGGCCUUUGGAAACCUGGAGAACCUCGAGGAAAUCAUCAUACGGGAUUUCAACUCUCGCCGUCGCUCAAGAGACGGCAUGCACGCCGAAUGGCACAGCUACGGCUUCACCACGACCUUCAACGAGACGGGCGUCAGCCUGAGCCAGGGCAUGGCCGGAAUAUGGAACUCGGGCUUCCCGUACCAAUACUGUAGCCAGGUCUUUGCGAGCGUCCUCUGCGCCUUGGGCAUCGCGAAAGCCAGACCCAAGGGCAUCCAGAUCAUGUCCAGGAAUAGCAACCAUUUACGAGACUUUGCCUUCAGCACUCCCGGCUUCUUGGAGCCUUCCGUCGUCCCCAUCAUCCAAGGUCUCGAGAAGCUGCAUCUGUGCAUUGAUCUAGCCUGGCGCUGCCCCAGCAUGGGGCUGUCGCCGACCCAGACAACCACGAACCCCGACCUGUUCAUCAGGAAGUUCCUAGCGCACGCCACCAACCUCAGAAACCUGCGCAUCAACGAGCACCGGAGCAACAACACCGGAAUAGCGGCGCUCCUGGAUUGGAUCGUGGGCGACCCCGAUCCCCCCGGCGGCCCAGACGACGAGCUUCCCGACCUCCCCCGCCCAAUGCUCUCCAUGCCGCAGCUUGAAAGGCUGAGCCUCGGCACCUUGGUCGUCGACGCGCCCCGACUCCUAAAUGUGGUCCGAAAAUUCGCCCCGUCGCUGAAAAGCCUGGAGCUUUGGAAGGUGACCAUGAUUCGCAACAUGCCGCCAGAUGAUACGAGAAACCCCCCCAAGACCAUCUUCUGGACCGCCUUUCUGCAGAAGCUCACCGAGAUUCCCGGGCUAAACCUCUGGCACUUCAAAGCAGGCAUGCUGCAGCAACACUGGGUCGAGAGACCUGUUCCGGCACUUGUAUCCUUCAAGGGACGCGGUCCGGUGCGCGAGUACGUCGGCCCCGACUGGAAGCAAUUCGUCACGGACAUUGCGUCGCUCCUGGACGUUCAAUGGCCCCUGGAGCCCGAGCUGAACGGCGACGAUGACAGCGACUCGGGCUCGCAAACCGACUCGGAGCUGUCAGAAUGA